GACCGCAACAGCACGGACACCAGUGUGCCAAAUGUAAACAGACGCGGGAAACUUCAGCGUAACUAUCAGUAUCAGCCCACAUAACUACAGAACAUAGAUAUAGAUAUAAACUGACAGUAUAUCUAUAUAUCUAUCUAUGACUACAGAGAAGGUGCACAGUGUCAGAGUUCAGUCAUGGCAGACAUUUUAACGCUCGUGUUCAGGACUUUUGUGUCACAAACGGAAGUCAGGAAGAAGUUGACAGUCAGCCCUGCACCCUGCAGCUCUCUGCUGGUCGGGGACCCGAGCCCUCCCCCCUGCAGCUCUCUGCUGGUCGGGGACCCGAGCCCUCCCCCCUGCAGCACCCUGCUGGUCGGAGACCCCGGCCUCGGCCGCUCGGUGCUGCUGCUGGCGGCCGUGACCGCCGCCUCAGAGAUGGGGGUCAGGGUGGUGUUCUUCAGCCAGACUCAGAUCCAGAGUCUUCCGGCGUCGCUGCAGAAGGUCUCCACCCUGAGCCCGGACAGUCUGAAGAGAAUCCAGUUUUCCUAUCCCAGGACGGUGGAGGAGCUUCUGCAUCAGGUGGCCAGCCUCCACGAGUCCUGCAACACGUCUCCCACGCCUCCGUCCCUGGUCAUCGUGGACGGGCUGGAGGGCUUCCUGCGAGGCUGUGGAGGCGGCGGCCACAGCGCGUCCCACCCCGGCCGGCCGUCCAGCGCUGCUCACCUGGCCGCGCUGCUGAGCGACAGCGCCGUCUUCCUCACGCAACUCCUGAAGCAGCGCUGCUCGAGUUCGGCCCCGUGCCGCGUCAUUGCCUCUUUCGCGCCAGAAGCGGACGCGGUGCAAGCCGGUGCCGAGGCCUCUGCCACAGAUCCCGUCCUCGAUGUUCUGGAUCGCUAUUUCCAGGUGCGCUGCACUCUGGACCGAGACAGGACUUAUGAAGCUGCAGCAGCUGGACUGCAGGAGGUGUGGCACGUUUACCUCUCUGGGACCGGCCUCACGGAGACCGCUGCCCUGAGCGAGGACUGUGAGGACAGAGCAGCUGUGGCCCAGGAGUGGCAGCUGGUCAUUUCUCCUGAUGGUUCAAUGGAGUUUAAGUUGGUUUGAAUAGUGGCAGUGGGAGAAAAAGGCUCAAUCUCAGUUCCCUUAAAUAGCAUCCCGGCUCCUCCACAGUGAAAGAGAGGAAGUGUCUCAGGUUCUUAAAUUGCAUCCACGUUUCCUUCACUUGCCUCCCUUCCUCGCGUCUUAGUCCGUCCCACAGAGGAAGCAUGGGAGAGACGGAGCAAAUCAUGCAAGGAGAGGUUAAGGUUAUGGUUUGACUCGGGUACAUUCACAAAAAGACCCUAGGUUACAUUUUGGAGAGGGUUACCUUUAAAGUAAAGCUGAGCAGGUAUACUGUACUGUACUAUACAGGUAAUACUGCAGGUAUUUGCAGUAUUGUUCUGCAGUAUAAUAGGCCUUGGUCACUUUAUCACUUCAUCUUCUGUGUUCAGUUCAUUCUGCUUUCAUGAGCAAAAGCAUGUUUUCAGCCAGACAUUCAUUUACCAGAGCAGUUCUCGCCUUUUCUUUGACUCUUAGGGCGUUCUUCCACUACGUGGUACCAGCUCGGCUCGACCACGGUGUCCCGUCCUCCUUGUUCCGUUGCAGAUUUGGUACCGCCUCAUGCCUGAGGCGAGCGUGGCUGGUCGUCAUAGCGACGCCACAGGAAACUGCCGUGACCUCACACACA